AUGCAAACACAAGAUGGAGGAGGAGGCUUGAAUCGUCGUCGUUCCACAUCAUCAUCGACCGAGAAGGAUGAUGAUGAACAGACUCGAUCCGAUGAAUUUCCUCUCUCGGAAAAGAAGAGAACCUCCACACAAACAGAGCCAAAUACAUCAUUGACCACUCUUGCAAGUGAAUGGUAUCCAACAUUCCGAAAAUUGUAUUUUCUUGCACUCUUGAUUUUGACAAUCUUUUGUGGCUAUAAACGAUUACUAAGCAAGGAAUCGGAUGCUUUUAAAACAAUAGCCAUCAAGUUAGAUGUUUUUGUAAAGAAUAUUCUACUCUUGGUGCUUGCUACGAGUGCCUCCUGGUUCACCACUUCUCAACUCUUGAAUUACAUAUUUCCGAAAUUCAAUUCAAUCUUGCGAGAAAAAUCAACUCUUGGAACACUUUUUAUUUAUUUAUUAAUUUAUUUGAAUAUAGCCAUGUAUUUACAAACAUUUUCAAACAUGAAUGGAAGGAUGGGCAACUGGAUAUGGAGAUGUUUGGUUUCGUAUGCAAGUGGAUUUUGGCAAAUGACAUGCAUGUUUUUCUCCCUCUUUAUGGGACUGUUCUAUUUUCCAUUGUAUUUAACAACGAAGAGAGUGGAGAGAAUCGCUCACAUUAUCAAAACAAUCCUUCUUGCCAUUGUUCUUGUGUUGUGUCUAUUUGGUUUAUUCCACACUUUGAGCGAGAGAGAAGUCAUGAGAUACACACUCGAUGUGUCAUCAUCCAUGAAGAGCAGCAAGAAUGUUGUGAAAAUUAUUCCAAUUAGUGAUGUACAUUUGGGAAUAUAUAUGGGCGUUCAAGAUUUGCAAAAACUUUCAAUGGAAAUCAUUUCUCUCGUGAAGAAAGAUCCUGACAAUACUCUUGUUUUAUUCAUGGGUGACUUUUUCACAUUUGAAUCUGAAUUUAAUGUCGCUUAUGAGGAUGCAAUUUAUGAAGGACUGAAACCACUUUCACAAUCGUAUCACGAUAAGGUUUAUGUAGCUCUGGGUAAUCAUGAUUAUGAUCUCAUCGAUCAUGUGUUGCAUCAACUUGAAAAAUUGAAAUUCAAGGUGUUGAGAGACGAAUCUUUGUAUUUGAAGGACAAGAGCAUUCAAUUAAUUGGAUUUAAUUUUGCAUUCAAAAAUGCAGAGCAAGCAACUAGAGCCGUCGUGAAGAAGAGUUUACAACAAGAUUCCAAUGAUCAUCAUCUCGUCAAACUACGACUUUUAUUAUUACAUCAUCCAAGUCAUUUUCAAUAUGCUGCAUCAGAGUUAAGUGAACAUCAUCACCACCACCAUUCGUCAACCGUUCCAUCCAUUACUUUUAGUGGACAUUUUCAUGGAGGUCAAUUCUCUGGAAGAAAAUUCUUCAAGAAUUUAAAAACUGGAUUUGUGAAUGCAGUUUUGGGAGCUCCAGAUUAUGCAUGGUAUAUUUUUGAUGAGAAUCAACACAAGGUGACACAAACUCAUUUUGAAGAAAAUACGAAAUUGGUCUCUCAAAAUGUGUUUACUCCACGAUUAUAUGUUGUAAGUGGAACUGGAUUCUAUGGCCCUCCCCUAAGAAUUGGAACCAUCAAUGAACUUCCCUACAUUCAAGUGAUUUAUUAA